UUCAGUGCAACAAGCAGGACAAAUGUUAGAGGCUGGUCUGAAAAGGCAACACCUGGUUUAAAAGUUGAGUAGAAUAACUGAGAAAAUCAGUGUCAAAGAUGGAGCUGCCACCUCGGCCAGCAACAUUUAACUUCCAUGGAGUCUGCAUGACCGAAAUUGUUACCAGCAACUGGGAUAAUGUACAGGACUUUAAGGCAAAACCGGAUGAUGUUCUUAUAGUUACUUAUCCUAAAGCAGGAACCACGUGGGUCUCUUAUAUCCUUGAUCUUCUGUACUUUGGGCACAUGGGUCCAGAGCGUCAGACAUCCAUCCCUAUUAAUAAGAGAGUGCCCUUCCUGGAGAUGGCCAAACGCACUUUACCCACAGGGACAGAGACGAUAAACCAGCUUACCACAACUCCUCGUCUCAUUAAAAGCCACCUACCAGUCCAGUUUGUUCCAAAGUCUUUCUGGGAGCAGCGCUGCAAGAUAGUGUAUGUGGCCCGUAAUGCAAAGGACUGUGCAGUGUCCUAUUUCCACUUUGGCCGCAUGAACAAGAGCCAGCCAGACCCGGGAGACUGGAACAGCUACCUAGAGAAAUAUAUGGAGGGACAGGUGACGUAUGGCUUGUGGUUUGACCAUGUGAUCAACUGGUGGGAGAAGAAGCAGACUUGUUCAAACAUUCACUUCACGUCCUACGAAGACUUAAGUCAGGACUUAGGACGAGAACUGGACCGACUUUGCACCUUUCUUGGUUUGUCUCCAUCAGCUGAAGAAAAGGAAAGAUUAAAAGCUGCAGUCAAGUUUGACAACAUGAAAGAAAACAAAAUGGUCAACUAUUCCACCGUCCCAUCGAUGGACCAGAAAGUGUCUCCCUUCAUGAGAAAAGGAAAAGUCGCGGACUGGAAGAACCAUUUCACUGUGGCCCAGAAUGAAAAGUUUGAUGAGGUCUACAAGCAGAAAAUGAAGAAUUGUACACUGAAGAUUUGUUCGGAGAUUUAAUGACUGGGCCUGAUGGAGUCCUGAGGUGUUUUGUGAUUAAAAAAUAAAUGAAAAAUGCUACAUAUUAUUGGAUGAGGGUUUGUAAAUAAAGAUCUUUGUUUGUCAUUUUUUGUAUCUUAAUCUUAUGUUAAUGAUUAGUUGCUUGUAUUUGUAAUCAUAUUCAACAUCUAUCUGUCUAUCUAUCUAAGCUCUGGUUUGCUUGUGUUUAUUUAAACCAAUCAUAAGUAGGUGGUGGGUGUUGCUAAGCCCAGGAUGCCUCUGCAAACCAAUGACACUGGAAUGUUUUAGUGGAAGACUUAUUUGCUCUGUCAUUAAAAUUCUCCAAAAGCAUCGAGAUGAUCUACCUUAUUGCACAAUCAAGAUCUUUGGCAAAACUUGACAUAUUUAGCGCUGAGUCAUGUUUGUUGUGUCCUCACCUGCUGCUGCAUUGUCUUAGUUUACCUGUUUGGCUCUGGGUAAAUUGUUGAUACCUUGUUUGGCUUGCAUUAUUUAGCAUAUUUUAGUAUCGUUUUGACUGUUUUACCAGGGUUUGUUUGUUUUAAACAUUUACAGAACAAUAUAUUUUCAUGCAGAUUCAUCUUGUGUGUUGUUUGCAAACAAAUGUUCUUAGUGAGAUGUAGGCCUCAGACUGGCAAGGUGAAACCCUUUCACUGGUUGUUAUGUCUAAAAGCCACUAUGUGAUAACAAGAUAUUUACCUACUUAAUGUGUGUUUGCUGUGUCUACUUCUCUGUGUGUAUAAGGCAGGACCCUGGACACACCUCAGUGUUUGCCUGCCACCUCGAUCCCCAAGUUCAGCACAGUGAUUUAUGGUUCUUCUACUCAUUUAGUCUAGUUUGCAUCCUAUUUUAAUAUUCGAAAAAGUAUCAUACAGAAAUCAAGCACAAUCAGAAGAACUGAGCAUUUACAUCCAGAUGUCAUUCUAGCUAUUCAUCCUUAAGCAGGUGAGAUUUUAUGUGGGAAAGCUUUUUUUUUUUAAUUCCAAAUGACUCUGGCAUUUUUGUGGUAGCAUGUGUUCACUUUAUUUUAUACUUCUAUUUCAACUGCCUUUACACAACUGAACGUCAUCUGUGUUGGAUUAAGGAAACACAUCUGUGUCUCAUAUCCCUGAUCUUCUAUAUUUCAGCCAGAUGUCACCUGAACGUCAAAAU